GUGGGUGACUGUAUGAUGGCGGGUUGUACCCGCGAGGCGCACCAAAGUCGCGUGCACUAUCCACUACUCAUCGGGGCGGCGCCCGGACCCGUUCUAUAAAGCGUCGCGACGCCGUGACGACGACUUCACUUCUGGUUCCGCCUAUUCUACACCACCCGUUAACACGUCUAUACGCGCCGUCGGCAGACAGAGUGAGGCAAGGUGGCGAGGUUUGAAUCGCGCGUCAAUCCUACCGAUAUACCUAUGGCGACCAUGAGCAACAGCAAUGGGUCAACAAUGCAGAUUAACACUCGGCCGGACGACAUCCGUAAACGAAUUAUUGGAUCGGAUGACAGUGCAGCGGGAGAUUCGACAACAUGCGGGAACAUCUUGGUGAUAUUAUCAUGGAUUCUUGUGAUAUUGACGAUGCCAUUCUCUCUCUUUGUUUGUUUCAAGGUUGUACAGGAAUAUGAAAGAGCUGUCAUAUUUCGAUUGGGACGUCUUCUAUCGGGCGGCGCUAAGGGUCCUGGAAUCUUUUUCAUUCUGCCGUGUGUGGACAACUAUGCGCGCGUUGAUCUGCGUACGCGAACAUAUGACGUACCCCCGCAAGAGGUCUUGACGAAGGACAGCGUUACAGUAUCUGUUGAUGCGGUAGUUUAUUAUCGUGUUAAUAAUGCGACCAUUUCGAUUGCGAAUGUGGAGAAUGCUCAUCAUAGUACAAGGCUACUGGCUCAAACGACCUUGAGGAAUACCAUGGGGACACGACCGCUUCAUGAAAUAUUGAGCGAACGAGAAACAAUCUCCGGAAACAUGCAGGCGUCCCUGGACGAAGCCACUGAUACAUGGGGGAUAAAAGUAGAACGAGUCGAAAUCAAAGAUGUACGACUACCCGUUCAACUGCAGCGAGCUAUGGCAGCGGAAGCUGAAGCUGCACGUGAAGCACGCGCUAAAGUGAUUGCCGCAGAAGGUGAACAGAAAGCCAGCAGGGCUCUGCGAGAGGCGUCGGAAGUCAUCGGCGAUUCACCAGCUGCUCUGCAACUCCGUUAUUUGCAGACAUUGAAUACGAUAUCAGCGGAAAAGAACUCUACCAUCGUAUUUCCGCUACCGAUCGAUUUCAUGACAUAUUUUAUGAAAGCUUUGCCCAAGUAAUAAUUGCCGUGGAAAAAAAGAAAGAGAGAAAGAAAGGAAGACAGCGUGCAUCACGUUUUAUAAGAUGUAAUGACCGAAAAGAAGAAUAAUUUCCCUAAGACUUCUUGAGGGACCCGUCGAGAAACAACUCAUCAAAUUAUCGAAUCGACAUUGAUGUAAUGAUUUCCACGUCGAUUCGACAUCUAUUUGACGUCUAAUUAACGGUCAUUUCUCACUGGAAGAUGUUUUGUUUGGCGAUUUAUCCGUAUAUUUGACAUGUUUGCGUAUAUUACAUCUUAACGAUAAAGAGUUGCCAAUAUUCGACCAAUCUCUGACAAUUUCAAACUUAACAGGCUGUAAUCGUAGAGUGAUUACUUGCGUAACGUCGCACGUGCCCAAAGCACAGAAUUCACACGGAGAAUAUGGCAUAGACUGAAACACACACCGAUAUUUUUGGAAAAUCUUACAGGAUCAUUUUGUAUGUUUACAUGCUAUGAGGAGUAGCGUAACAAAAUUUGUAGCAUGUACAUAGAAUGUAAUUGAACGACGUCAAUAUUUACGCGUUACUCGGUUCAUCCUUGGCACAGCAAUAAUUUCCAUUUGCGUCAAGUAUUACAUUUGUAAUUUAAAAUUUAAACUGUGAAAAAAUGUAAUGAAAAACAAUUAAUCCGUUCAUCAUAAAUCUUGCACUGCCACUAAUGCCAGAAUUGUAUAUAAAAUAUGAAUCGAUUUUACGAAUGUUAAUUAAUCGAUUGGUAGAAACAAAAUUUAUUUAGUAUAUACAAUAAUUAUCGAGAUAAAUGUCAAGGAGCGAUUUUUUCUAUCUUGUCAAUUUUGUGUCAAUAUGCCACAACAUUGAUCUGUUACUACUUAAUAAUCAACAAUAAAAUCUGUUUAUUGCCUAUUUCUCUUACGGUACUAAAUUACGUUUUGUCAAGCAACAGAUUCAUUUCACAGUUCCCUUUGCGUGAAUAACAAUUAAUGGUAGAUUCUUAAGAUUAUUUCGAGACAGAAAUUUUGAUAAAAAAAUAACGAGGCUAACGAAAAUAACUUUUAAAUGAGAAGAACUUAAGGCUGAUUAAUCAAAUCAUUAAUGAAAGUAUUCUGAAAUAUGAAUUUUAUUUUUCAUAUUGAUAUAAUUUUGAAUACACUAUUGUGCGAUGUGCCACGCCUGAGUGAAUUAUUUCCAGUUUUAUUGAUCAACUUUAAAAAUUAUUCUUCUCGUUUAAAAAUUAUAGUCUCUAUUUUAAUAUUAGAAUUUCCGUCUUGAAAUGAUCUCAAGAAUCUGCCAUUAACUGUUGUCAUAUGAAGUCUGAGAUAUCCUGUAUAUUCCUCGAUAAUUUAUACUUUGAUCAUGUGGUGCUAUUUAAAUGUUUAUCGCUGAUAAUUGCAGUAAUAUUGCCGAGGGCGCUUAAGUGUUAAGAAUAAUUAAUUUUACAGUCACUAUAUAGAAAUAUUUAUAUUUUAGCGGCCUGUAAUGAUUGCUUGGUCCAACAUCGGCAACUCUUGCUAGCGAUAUAUUUAUACAUUGUUUACUCGAUCACAAACGCUUUGAUAUUAUUACAUACGUGUUAUCUUGUAAAAAAGAAUUAAAAGGAAAAGUUAUCGGAUACACAUAGAUGAUCUCGGAGAACGUUCAGUAUUAUUUAUUCAAUAAAAUACAAAAUUGAAUUGGAUAAGUAUAACUAUAUAUUCACUAAGAGCACGUAGAAUAUAAUUAAAUAAUAAUCAAAUUAUCGAAGGAUACGUGUGCAUCUAAUGAUAUUUUUGCUUAGUAAAUUCGGUCGGAUGUCUGCCUCAUGAUUUCUGUAUUUAUUCUGUGUUGUAAAUAUUUUUAAUGAUCGUAGUUAUUUUAAGGGGGAUCAAGUUCUUACGUUUUAUCAUUAACUAUUCAAGGACAGAUACAGAUAUGCGUAUAAUGUAUUGAAUUAUAUAUCGAAAUGAUGGAACAACUGUCGUUUUAAAGAAAUUCAUAAGGAAAAUUCUUAUUGUAACUGUGAUGGUUGUUAGAUUAAGAUCAGUUCACAAUUAAUGUAACAUUCUCAAAGUGAGCUGAUCGUUGUUUCACUUCCGCGUACAUAUAUACAUUACAUUACGUAUAGAUUUUCAGCGUAUAUCGGAACAUGGUCUUCAAAGGCGUAUCCGAUUCGCGUUAGAAUAGAGAAACGUUUCGAUUCGUGAUACGUAAAAUAUUGAGAAACGAUUGUAAUAUCAUUUCUCAAUAUUUACAUACAAUUAAGAGAUAUAGAAUCGUGGAUUUAACGUUGUUCCUCCGACGUCUGAUAACUACUAUAUUUAUAUUGUAAUUAUACUGUCUCACGAAAUUAAGUAUUUUGAAUAUUUCGGGAAAAGAUUUAGAAAUCUAUUAUUUUAGAGGAGCAUAUAUUAUUUGUACCUUUUCAAGUUGCAAAGUUUGUUUUUAUAUAGUCUCUUUUCCUUCGUGAUGGGACCAACAUAUAUCGACUCAUUUGAAAUAUAUAUAAUUUUGAAUAUUAAAAUUCUAUAUAUACAAUUAUAAUCUAAAACCAUGCAUUUUUUGAAAGAGUCUUGAGAGAGUUUUGAAAAUUCUUCUCCUAAAAUUUGGAAAGUUUUGAAUGGUUUGAAAGUAUGUCUUUUCUUUCGUAACGCUUUACAUUAUCUUACAUACACGAUCCAUUCUAUUUUAUACAUAGGUAGAUUGGUUUUAAGAAUUUUUUAAAUGUUUUAUAUUCAAACUUUUAAAGAAAGAUUUUCUAGACACAAGUUUGAAGCUUUCUAGAAUUUGUAGUUAUUCAAAAGCAAUCGGAAUCUAUAAUAAACAAAUUGUCCGAAAA